GGCAGUCAUUGUAAAUAAGAGUUGGUUCUCAACUGACUUGGUUAGUGUUGAUGAUUCUUAAAGGAGGAAGGAGAGUCGGUCAAGGAGCGAUUCGGACGAAGUGUUAAAUUGUAUGACAGUUGACAGUUUAUUCAGAGUAAAGAUAUUUGGUACAGCGUGCACAGUCUCGUUCCUUUAGCUCAGAGGGAACUAGCAGAGCAGAGCCCCUAAAACAGUUUGUUUACAUGUUUUAUACAACACAGAAAGUAGGUUGAGUCUGGAAGUCCUGGUCCUCUGGUUGGUUCUGGACAGGUUGUUGUCUUCUCAGAUUGGUCCUGAUGAGCUGGGCGUCAUCCUUCUGAGUCUUGUAGCAGAAGUUCUUUGUUACCAAAUGUUCAGCUAAACAGGAGAUUUGGUGUGUGCGUUUGUGUGUUCCUGUUUCCAAAGUCUGGUGUGUCAGUGUGGCUCAUGUUGUCACAAGGUAUGUUGUCAGUGGUCAGCAGGGGCACUUCCCGAUAUUCUCAGUGAGUGGAAACAUUGGGUCAGUUUCUGUAAGUUGUGUUGUGUCAGCUAUCUGCUCUUCUGCAAGUGUGUGUAAUUAGCCUCUUGUGAAAAUAGGGAAGUCCCAUGUGUUAUAACAGCUUCAUCAUAGUAAUAUGGUUAUUACAUUGCCAGGCGCAUGUUUAAGCUAGGAAUUCCUACAAAUUAAUAAACUGUAGCAUGGAGGAAUUCUUACAUUAGUUAAAUAAAGGUUACAUUUUAAUAAAACAAUGUUAUUGUAAAGGCACACAACUGUGAGAGAGAACACUAUGGAACAAAUGUCACGGCCAACCAUUCCCAACCACCCACAAAAAAAGCACUCAAACCUUAGGACUGUGUAGCCUAAGACAGGUCUGCAAAUCAACAGCAACUUCAAUCAAAAAUAUCUGAUAGACAAUUCAAUUCAGUCAUAUCUCUCUAUGACUCAGAGUCAUUGUGGCACUAAAGAUAUGCAAGUCUCCGCAGUUUCGCUCGUGCAAGGAGCAGGCGCUGAAUUUGCUGGUUACUUUUUCCUGGAAUCGGUGUUGCUGAAUUAUCAGUAGCUGCCCUGUCCUCAGUGUUUGUUUUGGUUGUCAGCUGAAAGAAAGAUGUCUGCAACGGAGGACGACACUGAGUUGCGGGAUCUUUUGAUCCAAACCUUAGAAAACAAUGGGGUGUUGAAUAAACUAAAGGCAGAAAUGCGUGCUGCCGUCUUCCUGGCCAUGGAUGAACAAGCUAGAGUGGAGAAUAAAACUCCACUUGUCAAUGAAAACUUGAAGAAAUGUCUUAAUACACAGGAUGGACACCUGGUGGCCAGCCUUAUCAUAGACUUCCUGCAGGUGUUCCACAUAGACUUCACACUUGCUGUCUUCCAGCCAGAGAUCAACUCACUAAAUGGCCUGGGCAGCCGUGAGCAGGUGUCUCGUGAUCUGGGUAUCACUGAGACCGAUAUGAAUAGGACCACUCCUCUGCUGCUUGAGCUUGUCAAGAGAGGCAGACACAGGGAGAAGGCCUCCAUCUUCUCAGCGGAACUAUCCCCCAGGCAAAUAGCAGAUGCUCGGCAGAAGUUUGACAGUUAUGACAAGGACAGAACUGAUGGGAUAUGCAAAGAGGAUUUGGAAGCUCUGUUCGGAGAUGUAUUUCCCAACUUCAACAAGAACAUGCUGGAGAGGUUCGUCACUGAUGAGCUCCGAGCUGGAGACAAAGCCUCCAGUAAAUCUAGUGACUUCCAAGAGUUUCUGGGCUUGUACAGGCGCUUCUUCAGUCAGUGUCGAAGUGUGAUCACCCAUGACACCAGUGAUGUCAUUCACAAUCCCAGUGGAUUUGUUGAGAAGAUGAGCCCUUCACCGGCGAGUAAGAUCCCCAGGUUUAAAGGACAUAAGAACAGUGCGCAGGAGGAGAAGGCUGACGCCAAGGUAAACUGCAAGGGCGAGGAGGUCAGCCACAGUGACACCAGUCUGAACUUCGUCUCUCUAAAGGGUAAAGGUCAGGGUCACGUGGUGUCGAGGCACAGCGAGGCGUCCGGGGACAACGGCAACGCCCCCGUGGCGAGCCUGAAGAAGGGUCUCGAGGUGGAGGAGCACGCAGACGAGAGCAACUCGUUCUUUGACGACCCUUUGCCUAAACCACAGAAAACCUAUGGCUGGAGAGCAGCAGAUUUGGGGAGGGGAGUGGGCAGCAGAACCCUGGCCUCCUUUUUGGACCCGGCCACACAGCGGAGUGCUGCAGGUGGGGGGUCUCACUCAGGAGAAUCCCACCACAGAGACCUCUCAGGCAGCAGGAACGAUGAUGACGUUGACUGUGAUGAUGACUUUAACAGCCAUCGAUCAGAUAUCUCUAAGAGUGAGGUGAGCAUUGGAGAAGAGAUCGAGGAGGUUUCCGUAAAGGGACCUGACAACAGCAAUAAGGAGAAAAUGAACCAUACGGAUAAUGGCGAGGAAACAGUUAACAAUUCAGUGGUGUAUGACUAUGAUGUGGUGGAGCCAUGUAAUAUGGAAGACAACAACAGUGUGGAGACAGUGGUGCGACUCUACAUCCACUCUGUCAUCUGCAUCCUGGGUUUACUGGGCAACAUCCUGGUGAUCGUCACCUACGCCUUCUACAAGAAGGCCAAGUCCAUGACGGACGUCUACCUUCUGAACGUGGCCAUAGCAGACAUGCUGUUUGUGGCGGCUCUACCCCUGAUCAUCUACAAUGAGCAGAGUGGCUGGGCCAUGGGGACGGUGGCCUGUAAGGUUCUCCGCGGGGCCUACAGCGUCAACCUGUACAGUGGCAUGCUGCUGUUAGCUUGUAUUAGCACCGACCGCUACAUUGCUAUCGUCCAGGCCCGUCGCUCCUUCCGGCUCCGCUCCCUGAUCUUCAGCCGCAUCAUCUGCGCUGCAGUCUGGAGCCUGGCCCUGCUCCUCUCUGUCCCCACCUUUGUCUACUACGAGCGUUAUGUGCCUGCACACAGCACCCUUGGAAAUUAUUAUGACAACUAUGAUUACAACAAUGCUACAACACCGUUUGAUCUGGAGAACACCAUAUUCUUAGAGGAGGAGGACUAUGUAGUCUGCAACUUCAGGUUCCCAGACAAUGCCACAGCCCGUCAGAUGAAGAUCCUGGUCCCGAGCACCCAGAUGGCGGUGGGCUUCUUGCUGCCCCUGUUGGUCAUGGGCUUCUGCUAUGCCAACAUCAUUGUCACGCUGCUGCGUGCCAAGAACUUCCAGAGGCACAAGGCGGUGCGCGUGGUGCUGGCUGUGGUGGUCGUGUUUAUCAUCUGUCAUCUGCCCUACAACGUCGCGCUGCUCUACGACACGGUCAACAAAUUCCAGAACCUGGCCUGCAGUCACGUGGAUGCCACCGAAGUGGCCAAGACAGUGACGGAAACGGUGGCCUACCUGCACUGCUGCCUCAACCCGGUCCUAUACGCCUUCAUCGGGGUGAAGUUCAGGAACCACUUCAGGAAGAUUGUGGAGGAUGUGUGGUGCAUUGGGAAGAGGGUCAUGAAUCCCCGACGCUUCUCCAGGGCCACGUCAGAGAUGUAUGUCUCCACUGUCCGCAAGUCUAUGGAUGGUUCCUCUACAGACAAUGCAUCUUCUUUCACCAUGUGAGGACGAGACCCUGUGGUGGAGACUGCUAUUGCUGUGAACCCUAGCGUAGUCUGAUACAUUUAUCAAUGUACCUAUGCCAUCUUUAUUGAAUGUUUCCAUAAGCCUUACAUGGAAUAAUCAAUGUAAAAUAACAAAAGCGUUUAUUUAAAUGGUACCUACUGUAAUGUCAACUGUUUCUACUUGCUGUUUAUUGUUUAUGAAUAUGAUAUAUCGGUUGUUGCUUUUAUGCAGUUCUGUCUUUGGUUAAUGCACAAUUGUGGUUUAUGUCUAUGUUUGAACAUAUUUUGAAAGACAAAGUAAAACAAUACUUUUUUAUGGCCUAUAUUAAUUUCCUAAUGUAUUUAUUGACGGAAGGACAAUACUAUGUAAUCUGGGUUUCAGCAUGGCAAACUGCUCACAAUUAGUAGAUAUACCAGCGUUGUUAUUGUUACCCAGUAGAUGGCGCCAUUUACCCUCUUUACACUAUGUCUCUACACAGUCUGGAAUGAAGUGUUGUAAAAUCAGUGCGGAGACAGCUUCCCUGGAAUUAAGUGAGUUCUACAAAGAUAAGGCAGUAUUGUUGUUUAAGAAAGCCAAAUAUUAGGUCAUAUUUGAUUUGAGUGAAAUUAUGUUAUUGUCUUAGGUAAUUGGUUCAUAGCACAGACAAUCUCAUAUGCACUAUUUAGUUAGUGCAUAUUAUUGUCAACUUAAUGUUACAUUUGUUGCUGGUUUUUAACCUUUGGGGCUUGAUUGCUGUCAUUUGUGCGCACUUGCUAAUUAAAGAUCCAAAUUGAA